AUGGAUACUACAGCACCUCUCUCACAAGGAAUAUCAGCGACGGCGUCUCCGACUUUUAGGCUAGUCGGUUCUACCACGAACACCACUUUCGAUCUUAGGUACUCAAACAUGAUAGACAGCACGACAAGUGCCUCUCAUAUUACUUUCACUAACUUCAGUGAUUUCUCGCCGACAAGUCAUGCCAGCGAAUUGCCCAUUCCUCACCUAGCCGAAAGGAUCAUUGAAGCUCUGAUCCUGACAGUGAUCUGCAUCGUGGCCCUCUCUGGAAAUACUCUCCUUUGGGCGGUGGUGCUCAGGCAUCGCUCCCUCAAAACGGCAUCCAAUGCCCUGGUGCUCUGCCUAAGCGCGGCUGAUCUUCUGGUAUCGACGGUCAGCAUGCCGGUGACCAUCGUCAGCAUAUCCACGGGACAGUGGCUAUUCAAUGACCGGCUCUGCAAGGCAUUGGGAUUCAUCAGUAUGUGUACCUUCAUCGGGUCCGUCAUGUCUCUAGGAGCUAUCAGCAUUAAUAGAUAUGUCUUAAUCGUGCAUCCAUCGAAGUUUAGGAGAGUAUAUACCAAGCGGAAUACAGCAUUUUUCAUAAUCGGUGAGUAA